AUGGCUGCUAGAGGGCCUGCAUGGGGCUCAAGAGGACAUGAAGCUUCUCUGGGGCCAGCUGACCCAUGUCCUGGCCUGCAGACACUGUGGCAACAGCUGCCUCCAGAGUCCAGGGACUCUGGUAACACUAUUCUUGUUCAUGGUUUGGCAGAUCCGGAGGUGGUGGCAGCUUUGGAGAUGGCGACAGCUUCAGCCCUGAGCCUACCACUUCCAUACUGUGUGGCUUUCCUUGAUCGUCUGUGGAAGCAGAAGUCAGAGGAGGAAGAGGAAGAGGAAGAAGAAGAGGAGGAAGAAGAGGAGGCAUCUCCGGAUCCACUGAAGCCAUGUUCUCUUCCCAAAGAAGCUCCUAUUGGAGACCAAGCCACUAUAGCCUCAUCCCAGCCAUCCUGUUGUUCUGAGGGCCUCCAUAAGGCCAUAGGGACACUAGAGGAAGUACUCACGCGGACCUCAAGCCCUUCCAGAUCCUUCCCCACCUUUCAGAUCUUGACCAACCUGCCUGUGAGGCACAAGACAGCAUCAGGGAGCCGUUUACAGAAGAGAAAAAGCCAACUCUUCUGGGGUCUCCCCUCUCUGCACAGUGAGUCCUUGGAGGCCAUCUUCCUGAGCUCAGGUGGCCGCUCUCCUCCGAAGUUAUCUGUUAGUCCUUCUGUCUUCUUCAACAAGCAUGCCUUUCUGCCUAGAUCCCCAGAAUUGCUGCUUCCCCAGUAUUGCUCCUCAAGCCAGAUUUCUACCCAUGAAGUCCAUACUACAGAAGAUUUGAAAGAGAUGCCCUCUGAUCCUCACCAACUUCCCCCUCCAUCUUCCCCUUGUGUCCCAUCACUACCCCUCCCUCUUAAACCCUUUCCCAUGGACCAUAAGAAAGACCUAUCUGGCACUGAGGCAAAUACACAGUGGCUUACACUGCAGAGAGAGGUCCCUUGGGUCUCUGAGGAUCAAGCCCUGCACCCACAGCUUAAAAUCCAAAGAACCAGACCCUCCAAGCUCUUCCAUUCAUCUGAGGUCUGGUGGAAGGUGCCACCGGAUCCUAGCCUCCAACAACACAUUCCAGAUUCAUUCUCUGCCUCUCUAGGAGAGUAUCCCUCUAGCCUUCUAGAAGCCCUAACUAGGUUUGAGGCCCCAUGGAGGACCAUGGGGCAAAAGGAGGACCCCAAAGCCUCUGAGCCAGCAAUGCCAGCUUCCAGCCCAACCCUAGCUUCUCUGCCAGAAUGCCAGGGAGUCAGCCCAAUAGGAGGCCUGUCUGAAUCUAAGGCCCUCUGGGAAACCACAAGGCAAAGAGAGAAUUUUCAGAUUUCUGAGCCUCCAGUCCCAGUCCCUUGCCAAUCUGUAGCCCCCAUGAUAGAACCUCAAGGAACUAGCACCCUGGGAGCUCCACCUGUAUAUGAGAUUCAGUGGGGAACCACAGGACAUAAAGAGAAUCCUCAAGCCUUUCAGCCUCCAAUGCCAGCCCCCUGCCAAUCCCCAGAUUCUCUGUCAGAAUCCCAGAAAGUCAGCCCUGAAGGGGAACCUUCUGCAAACAAGGACUUCUGGGGAAACUUGGGGCACAGAGAGAACCCUCUGGCCUCUGGGUCUCCAAUGCCAGCCCCCUUCCUUUCCCCCCAUCCCCUACCAAAACUCCAAGGAGGCAGUUCCCUGGGAGAUCCAUCUGAAUACAUGCCCCAGCAGGGAUGCAGAGAAAAUUCAGCAAACCCUUGGGCCUUUGAGCCCCCACCCUGGGACCUCGACCCAGGACACUACGGAACCAGGCCUGCAUGUGCCCCAUCAGGAUCUGAGACUCCAUGGAAGGGCAUGCAGACUAGAGAUAAUCUUUGGGCCUCUGCAAACAUAGGUUCAUCUCCCAGCCUUCCCUCAGCCUCUCUGCCGGAGCCCCUAGGAAUGGGUGCCCAGGCAGUCUUGUCUGAGUCCAAAGCUUUAGGGGAGGCCAUGAGGCAGAGAGAAGAACUCUCGAUCUCAGAGUCCGCAGCCCCUGCCCAUAGCCCAUCUCUAGCUCCCAUUCUAGAACCACACAAAAUCACUCCUUUGGGAGGCCUCAUUGGGUCAGAAGCUACAUGGAAGGACACUGAUCAUUCCAGAAAUUCCUGGGCUUCUGAAUCUCCAUCUCUGGCAUUCAGCCCACCCCCACCUCUUAUACUAGAUUCUCUUAGAGUUAGCCCCAUGGGGGUCCUGUUUGAUUCGGAAGCUAGAUGUGGGGACAUACAAAGGAGAAAGAACUGCUGGGCCUCUGAGCUCCCAGACUGUAGCCUACCCCAAGACCCACACAGAGCCAACUCUUUGGGAGUCCAGUCUGACUCUGAGCCUAUUAGGGGGGAUAAGGAGCAGAAAGAAAUCUGUUGUGUUCCUGUGUCGCCACUGUGGGGCCCCAGCCCGUCCCCAAACUCUAUGUCAAAGUCUCACACAAGUGAGCCUAUUGGAGACCAAUGCAACUGUAGACCUGAGGGGGAAACAGUGCAGCAGAGAGGGAACUGCUGGACCACUGAACUCCCAGCAUCAAACCCCAGGUCACUCUCUGCUCCUCUACCAGAUCCACAUGUUGACCUUGAGUUUGUGUGGAGGAAUAUGCAACAAAGAGGGAUCCUCCAGGACCCCAGCCUUCCAGCAGUGGAUCCCCUGCAGCCAAUACCCUGGCCUCCUACCCUAGCUGUAGCUCUGAAGACUGAGCCCAACCAGCCUGGCCUGUCUAAGGGAGAGCUUUUCCCAGGGGUUAACGCAGAGACUCCAUCCUCCCAGGGAGAGGCUGUCCCACAGGUGCCCACCCACUCUGGGAUCCAGGCCUGGCACUGGAGUAGAGAGUUGGAACUCAGGCGGAAGAAACUACAGCAGAGCUCUGCUUCCAGAUCUCUUGGCCCAAGUCAAUCAUUUGGCAGCUCCCCUGUCCUGGGCUCAACUCAAGCCACCCGGAGAUUUUCUUCCUGUCCUCCACAGCAGACUCAUCCUCCCAAUCUGUGCCCCCUUUCUUCAAGCUGUCAUCCCCACAAAAUUCAGAGCACAGUAACUCAGUCUGUUCAGGUCUCCCACUGUUACCACUCUCACUCCUUUUCCCACCCUCAGCCACAAAAGUAUGGGAGGGCAGAACAAGGUUCUCAGAGAGAGCAAAGAAUGAAAAAGAUGGUGUCCCAGAUCUCAUCCCAGGGGUCAUGUGUUUACAUGGAGGCUGGUGAGAACUGCCCAGGCCUGGAAGAGACCCUAGGCCCUAAGGUUCCAGCCUCAGGCAAGAGACAGGACAAGGCUUCAGCCCCAUCUUCAGCCAAAAAGAGAGAGAGUCCCAGGAAACCCAAAGCAGACCAUGGAGGAGGGGAUUCAAGAUUGAGGUCAUCCAUAGUUACAGUAAAAAGCCACCCAGCCCAGGCUAGAAGACUAGCAGAGGUCCCUGUAAGCAGACUUUCCCAAAGACUUCAGCAUAGGGACAAGAGUUCUCGACACACUGCUCUCUCCAGGCAGCUUCACUGCAAGGCUGCAGACUCCCAAGAUCAGCGAGGGGCAAGGCUGGGAGCUGGUGACAUCCUGGCCCCACAGCACUGUAAGAACUGCCCUUGGGCCCGGAAACAUCUUUCCUCCCCCACACCUCAGGCUCCUCUUACCAGGGGUCUCCAAAGGGUGUUAGCCAAGUUUCUGGGUAUCCAUGAACCCCUGCCCACCAAAUCCAGUCAGCAAAGGAAAGGCUUGUAG